AUGGCAGGUCCCCACAAAGUAUUCUACAGAGGCUCUGACAGCGAUUUCAUCGUUUUUGUCGAAGAUCCUCAAUCCCUUGUCAGCUACAAAAAGGAUUCUUCAAUUCCCAUUGUGGAUGUCCUUUCUGUCUACAAGGUGUUCACCAAUAGAACGGGGGGUGCAGAUGGGAUCUUUGACGAAGCAUCCAAGUCAGAAUUACUGAAUGAAUUUGGCAAGCUUAACAAGGAUGAGGUGAUUCUGAAGAUCUUAAAAGAAGGUGCUGACAGGCGUGGUGCAGAGAUCCACUCUGGAGGCAGCCGUACGUUCUCAUGA